AUGGAUUUUACCGGGCAAUACAACUUCGCCAACCCUCAGCCCUAUCACCAGUUCAUGCCAAUUCCUCCUCUUACGCCGUCGCACUCCCAUUCCGCCGGCUCUGAUGACUUCAAUGCAUCCCCGCCUCCCUGCCUUAGCGUUUUCUUACCUGAGCAUUACUCUAUCAACCUUGGGCUUCAGAUCUCAAAGGUCUUUGGUUUCUUCACCAUCUUUGCAUCUGCACAGGAAAACUACGAUGCCCUGCCUACUAGCCAAAAUGACCAGUUCCAAUCCUUCGAUUAUACAACCGCCCAAGGCUUCAACGCCAAUCCUCACCAGCCCACAUCCGGUUUCCCUGGACCGCCGACGCCUCCGGGCCAGAACGUCUUCGCUUCCCAAGUUCAAGUUCACCAACAGCAAGGAGGCUCGAUGAGGAACGGCUCACCCGAUGAACAAUCAAUCGCCCGUGGAGGCAGCGAGGAGGAUGAGAAUUUGACUCCUGCCCAGUCUCGAAGAAAAGCACAGAACCGCGCUGCGCAGCGUGCCUUCCGUGAGAGGAAGGAAAGACAUGUCAAAGAUCUAGAGGCGAAGCUUGCGGGCCUUGAGGCUGCGCAGCAGCAAUCGUCUAUCGAAAACGAGCGGCUGAAACGCGAUCUUCAGAAAAUGUCCACGGAGAAUGAGAUCCUACGUGCUACGUCGCACGUGGGCCACGGUUCCAUCUCCCCCGAGCCUGCAACGGGACCGUUGCGCUUCAAGCCCACAGAUUUCUACUCCAACGUCCUGCAAAAUCACACGAAUAAAUCACCCUCUCACCGCAUCGUUACCUCCGAUGAUGGCGAACGUCUCCUCGCGGCAGGCGCCACGUGGGACUUUAUCAUUUCUCACGAAUUGUUCAAGAAAGGUCUGGUAGACAUAGCUGACGUGAGCGAGCGCCUCAAGAAUUGUGCUCGUUGCGAUGGCCAAGGCCCUGUUUUCUCAGAGCGCUCAAUUACCAAUGCCAUCGAGCAAAGUGUCGCUAGCGGCACGGAUGACCUUCUAUGA